UAAACUGUAGUUAUUCAGGUUCAUUUGUAGUGUCUCGUAUGUUCUAAUGACAAAUUUACGAGGUUCUUAGGGAGACACAUCUACCGGGAAUUUCAUUGCCAGAGGCAAAUAAUAAAACGUUCACGUUGUUGAUGUUUGGUUUCCUGAGGGUGAGGAACUCCACCACGUGCUAAGCUUUCUUUUCUGCCUGCAUUAGCUGAAGGUGUGGGAGGAGUUGUGAGGUGUGUGAGGUGAAAGGUAAGAGCGCAGGUGUGGUAUUCAGCAGUGAGUGUGUGUGUGUGUGCUCAGAGUUACAACAUGCUGUAACAGGCCGGCCUCUCCCAUUAGGAUCACCAGCCGUUUUUCAGUUCUGCAGGGUAGAGCUCUCAGAGCCGGACGCUCCUUCUAAAAACUGCUCUGUUAAACUUUUUACACCUGAUUUCUGUAAAGUUUUUCUUGCUACAAAAGCUGCUGAAGAUGUUGGACACCUCCCGUAUCCUGCAGAAGGGCCCCGAGUACCUGAGGAAGCAGAUGGAGAGGGAGCGCGAGGCCCCAGGGCGCAGCGCCGCCGAGCGGUUGGCCGCAACCAAACCCGAGUACAUCCGAAACCAGCAACCGCCAGCCUCAGAGACCUCGGAGAUGUCAGAGACCGGUAGCAGCAUGUGCUCCUCAGAUCAGAGUGAAGAGACUCCGACUCCCAGCAGCCCGGCUAACAACGAUGAAGAUGUGGACGAAAGCUCGCCUCAUGAGGUGAACGUGGUGAAGAGAAACAGCAGCAAGAAGCGUCCAGACUCCCUUUUACUUUACCGACAGAAGGGGGAGCUCCAGAGAGGUGCGUCGGACGGAUACGGUAAGAAACCAAACAAACGGACGUUGCUUUUGUCACGAAGAGACAAAACCAUUCCGUUUUCCCGGCAACAGUUAGACGAGUCUGAAUAUGAAGCUAGCAGUGGUCAACGGCUAGCCAAUGAGACCAACCAGGGCUGCGAGGAUGUUGCUAGGAAACCAGCAACAGUGGUUACGAACAUUCAAGAGGAUGUUGCUAGGAAACCAACAACAGUGGUUACGACCAAUCGUGAGGAUGUUCCUAGAAAACCAACAACAGUGGUUACGAACAUUCCAGAAAAUAUUUCCAGGAAACCAACAACAGUGGUUACGAACAUUCCAGAGGACGUUUCCAGGAAACCAACAACAGUGGUUACGAACAAUCGUGAGGAUGUUGCUAGGAAACUGACAACAGCUGCUGCUUCUGAUCAUGAGGACGCUGCAAGGAAACUGACAACAGUGGUUACGAACAUUCCAGAGGAUGUUUCCAAGAAACCAACAACAGUGGUUAUGAACAUUCCAGAGGAUGUUUCCAGGAAACCAACAACAGUGGUUACGAACAAUCGUGAGGAUGUUGCUAGGAAACUGACAACAGCUGCUGCUUCUGAUCGUGAGGACGCUGCAAGGAAACUGACAACAGUGGUUACGAACAAUCACAUGGAUGUUGCUAGGAAACCAGCAAUAACAGUACUUACAAACAUCCCAGAGGAUGUUUCCAGGAAACCAACAACAGUGGUUACUAACAAUCGAGAGGAUGUUGCUGCUGCUACUACCACUAAUCGUGAGGACACUGCCAAGAAAGUGACCACGGUGGUUAGGAGCAAUCGUGUGGAUGCUACUAGGAAACCAAUAAAAGUACUCAAGAACAACCGAGAGGAUGUUUCUGUUGCUAGGAAACCAAUGACUGUAGUUACGAAUAAUCGAGAGGAUGUUGCCAACAGAAGUGACGUAGAUGAUGUCACUAGCAGUAGUGAGCGUCGCAGGAACAGGGUUUCACGCUCGCACUCCGACAUCAGCUCACGCUACUCCAGAAGCUUCGCCGCUGAUUUCGACACUUUUUUCACGUACUGCGGCCUCGACGAUGACGUGGUUGAGUCGGUAGGGCGGGAGAAUUUCUGCACCUGUUCGGAGUCAGUGGAGGAGGUGUUUACAGGCUCUGGUAAAGUCAGGAGCGUGAGUAUGGCCAUCUCGGACGAUGGCUUUUCUCAGACGGGCAGUGUCCACAGUGACGGGCUUCUGGAGGACGAGCUACCGGACAAGAAAUCGGGACAAGGUACUUCGGUAAUCGAGCGCAACGCUCGGAUUAUUAAGUGGCUGUACAGCUGCAGGAACGCUGCACAGUCCGGUAAAACACUGCGAGAUCUGGUGUAGUGAUACGUGCUGAAGGACUGGAGGAAAAUAUACCAAAGAAAAUAUACCAAACAAUAGUAUUGGCUUAUGUUAGUUGUGUUUAAUGUUUAAAGUUUAAUGGUCAUGUGUAAUUGCCUGCGUCUCAAAUCAACCGAUAGUUCCUACAUAGUGAAUAACUAUCCACCUGUGUAUACUGUAAGUUACUGUAAGCUUUUUUAAUCCUCUUGUUAUGUUCAUUUGUCAGGAACAGCAAUGGGUCCAAGCAAAAAAAAAUCAUUCUGAAAAAAAAAAAAAUUUUAACUAUUUUUUUUUAUCUUAAAACUUUAAAACAGGUCAAUUUGACCCGUAACAUAACAGGAGGGUAAAAGAUUUUAUUUAUUUAAGAUGAUUUUAACUGUCUAAAAAUGGCUAAAACACAUGUUUUUUUGCUCUUGGGCUCCUUCUACAGUCUAGUAAUCCACUUAUAAAUUUAGCUUUGAACCCCUCAAUUUGACCAGGUGCUGUUUAUGAUGUUUAAUUAUAUAAAAGAUGUCUAAAACAAAAAAAUCCUAACAAGCAGUGUGAAUAUUUCACUUCUAACUCCAUUACUAAAUUGUUUUAUCAAUAUUUAGUGCAAUGGUGUUCCUUACCUCUAACAGGUAAUGUUUCAAUUAGGAUAAUUCACUCGUUUUUCAUGCAAAAAUACUGUUUAAAUAUGUUCAAACUUUUUUUUAAUGCUUCACUACUUUAUUACUUUUGAAAGACCAAUAUACAAAAAAACACUAAAGUUUUACAUAACAUUAAAACAUAACAUUGCAAUUCAGUUUUAAUUUUAGUUUUUGCAGGGGGUGGUUGUUGCAAAUAUGUGAGAUGGACCAUUUUCAUAUUAUAUGUUGGUUACACUAAUUAAGACAAGCAAAAAAAAGUUUCAUUCUGAAAAAAUACUUUUUACUAUAUAUUUUUUUUAGCUCUUUAAACUUUAAAACAUUUAAACAUAACAGGAGGGUUAAAACAUUUAAACAUAACAGGAGGGUUAAAGAUUUCAUUUAUUUCACAUCAUUUUAACUGUCUACAAAUGUCUAAAACACAUGUUUUUUGCUUCUAGGCUCCUUCUACAGUCUAGUAAUCCACUUAUAAAUUUAGCUUUGAAAGCCUCAUCAUAGACAGCUGUACACGUGCAUUUUUUGACAAUCUGAACUUAAAUAGUGUGGCAGCUAACUGCUAAUCUACAGCAAGAUAGUGUGUAGGGGAAAUUUAUGAUCACGUCCUGAUGAUUGAAAACAUGUAGGUUAGUAAAAACAUACUGUAGAAGUGAUAUUAUUCCCAUGUCUUAUAAUAUUUGACAUUUGUCAGUAUAUUUUAUUUAAACUGUAUUUUAAUAAUUACAGUGUUAUUCAUGAUUUAAGUGACUUUUUACAUGUAGUUUAAUCAAGAAAUUCCCUACGAAUUGUUUAAAUUCAAACUGCAGAGGGCAUAGAUAUGAACUUUUCUGUGACUAACAAUUAUAUAUUAUGUAUAUUUCAGCAUUCUAAAAAUACUACAUUUCAAAAAUAUUGAUGUAUUAAACAUGUAUUGAUUAUCUAUGUAGUUCAUAAACAUAUUUUUUGUAUUAUAAGGCACACCAGAUUAUAAGUCCGAUAAUACUCUCUAAAUGGUGAAAGAGUUACCACUUAGUGCAAUUAGCGGCUAAUGCUAAUACUAAUACUGCUCCAGCGGUGCUAGCCAGAGUUAGCAGCAGGCUACAGGCCGAUAAUACUUACCUCUGAACAGCUAAAGAGUUAGCGCUUAGCGUGGUUAGCAGCUAAUGCUAAUACUGCUAGAAAAAUUUCACUGAAACUCCUGUAUAACGCUGCAAUUUAGCAGAGAGGCUUUACUGCUCCUUAAUAUCUGACUGAGUUUAUACGUAAGACUCAACAGAUUAUAAGAAGAACUAACAAUUUUUGGGAAAAUUAAAGUUUUUUAAGUGCACCCUAUAGUGUGAUAAUUCAUAAACAUGUACCGUGUCCGAUAAUACUCUCUGAACAGCAAAAUAGUUAGCCGCAUAAGCAGCUAAUGCUAAUACUGCUCCUGCAGUGCUAGCCGGGGUUAGCAGCAGGCUACAGUUUGAUAAUACUCACCUCUGAAUGGUGAAAGAGUUAGCACUUAGCGUGAUUAGCAGCUAAUGCUAAUGCUACUACUGCUGGAGAACUAAACUGAAACUCCUGUAUAACGCGGUACUUUAGCAGAGUGGCUUUACUGCUCCUUAAUAUCUGACUGGUAGAGUUUAUACAUAAGACUCACCAGAUUAUAAAACGAACUAACGAUUUUUGGGAAAAUUAAAAUUUUUUAAGUGCAGCUUAUAGUGUGAAAAAUAAGGUAGUCUACAGUAGUCAUCUUAUAGAGUAUAUGUGAUAUUUUUCACAAGAAAAUACCUUUAAAAAUAGCUCAAAUUAAGUAGUUAAUGCAAAAAGUAGUUUACUACCUCACAGAGUAAAUACUGUCCAUCUUGUUUGGAUCCAUUAUCCUUAUUUGUUUGUUAUUUUAUUUGUUUGUUGUUUAUUUGUUUGUUUAUACCCCAUGUCCUAUAACAUAUAUAGUAUAAUAUACAGUAUACUUUAUAUAAACUGUAUCUUUACAGUGUUAUUCAUGAUUUGAGUGGCUGCAAAAUUACCCUACAAAUUGUUUUAAUUCAAACUUUUCUGUGAAUAGCAAUUAUAUAUUAUGUACAUUUCAGCAUUCUUAAAAUACAGCAUUUAAAAAAUAUUUUGAUGCAUUAAACAUAUAUUGUUUAACCAUGAGUAUUACAGUCUGAGUAUUAUCGGACUGUAGCCUGCUGCUAACCCCGGCUAGCAUUGCAGGAGCAGUAUUAGCAUUAGCUGCUAAUA